AUGGAGGUGGGCAGCCUCCCCGUGGAGCUGUGGAGGGUUAUCUUGGCAUAUCUUCCCCUCCCUGACCUGGGCCGCUGCUGCCAGGUGUGCCGCGCCUGGAGGGAGCUCGUCCUCUCCCUGGAUAACACCCGCUGGAGGCAGCUGUGCCUCGGGUGCCCGGAGUGCAGACACCCCAACUGGCCCAGUCAGCCCCACAUGGAGCCUCCGUCCUGGAGAGAGGCCCUGAAGCAGCACGCUCUCGCCACCCGUACCUGGACUCAGAAUGGGCCGGAGCUGCAGUCCUCUGCCUGCCUCCUCUUUUUCCGGCGUAGAAAAGACCGCAGGGUUUGGCAUGUGGGCCCCGGAUGCGAGUUUGAGACCCUCCGCGGGGCCCUCGGGGUGGCCGGGCCGUAUGACCGUGUGGUUCUCCAUCCAGGGGUGUAUGAGGAGCAGGCUGAGGUGGCGCUGAAGGUGCCUGUGGAGCUGGUUGGGCUGGGCCGGCUGGGCGAGGUGGCCCUGCUGGUGUGCAUGGAUCAGCAGUGCCCUACUGCCAGGCUGUGUAAUCUGGUGUUCAUGCCGCCCUGGUUCUCCACUGUUGUUUACAAGACAUCAUGGGGCCACGUCCAACUAGACAACUGCAAUUUUGAAGGAGCUCAACUGCAAAUCCGAGGCCCAGGAACCUGCCAGGCUCGGUUUUGCUCCUUCUCACAGGGCAGCUCUGCUCACUUGCUGGGUGUCGUUCUCAGUUUAUUGGACAGCUGCGACUUUUCUGGAAGUGACACAGCUUCAGUGACUGUUGAAGGUCCCCCAGUGUCAGAGAGGAACUGGGCUUGUAAACAUUUGGCUGCCCUGGCCAGGACGUUCCCAUCAUGUGGGAUGUCUGGAUAUAAUAGCUCUCUCAAAGGCCCUGAGGCCGGCUCCGCUGGUGGACCUCAACCUCCAGCGGCUAAUGUUAAAAAGGAACACGUGAGCAUAGAGGACUGGAAGAAAAGGACAGGGGUAGAUGCCGUGUGUCAGGGCACAGUGAUUGAAGAUGGCUGGAGUGACGGUGAACACAGCGAAGGAGAGGGGGAAAAUCAUGAUGGAGAGGGAAUCAGCAACACCAAAAAACAAUUAACACUGGAUUACAAAAUCCCAUGUGACCAUCAUGGCCUAUCCCAUUUCCUCAAGCCUCGGCCAGAUGGCUCUCUGUCACUUGCCUCUUCCCCUGAUCCCCCAUCUGUGGCCCCUGAACCCCUCACCCUUCAGCAGGAAUUAGACAGGGACCCAGAGGCUCACAUGUUGGCAGUAUCUAUGCUUGGCUCCAUUCUCCGACGCUGUCUUUUCAGGGACGGGAAGGGUGGUGUACAUUUGUCUAAUUAUGGACAAGCUCGUCUGGAGGAGAAUGUUUUCCGUGGGCUGAACUACGCGGUCCGCUGCAUCCAGAACUCCACAAUAGUGAUGCUGAGAAACGAAGUCUGCGAGUGCCGUGCGUCAGGUGUGUUUCUGCGCCUCUCAGCUCAGGGCCUCAUUGCAGAAAACAACAUCCACUCGAAUGGGGAGGCGGGGCUGGACAUCCGAAAAGGGGCUAACCCCACCAUUGUGUGCAACAGAAUACACAGUGGUUUGCGUUCUGGGGUUGUUGUCCUUGGCAAUGGAAAAGGUUCAAUUCGGAGCAACCAGAUCUAUAACAACAAGGAAGCGGGGGUUUAUAUUCUCUUCAGUGGAAAUCCUGUGGUGAGUGGGAAUCACAUCUUCCAAGGUCAGGCAGCAGGGAUUGCUAUAAACGAGAAUGGCAGAGGCAUGAUAACAGAGAAUGUGAUUAGAGAGAACCAAUGGGGAGGUGUGGAUAUCCGCCGAGGAGGCGAUCCCAUCUUGAGGAACAACUACAUCUGUUAUGGCUAUUCAGACGGCGUGGUGGUGGGAGAGAGAGGGCGCGGACUUAUUGAAGGAAACCAUGUCUAUUGUAACAAAGGCUGCGGCGUGUGGGUUAUGUCAUCCAGCCUCCCACAGCUCCUAGGAAACUACAUCAUCCAUAACUGUAUGUAUGGACUGGCAGUGUUCUGCAGGAAGGACCCGGAGAACAUCGAGGCAAGGGAGGGGAACUGGCCUGGACAGGAGGGAAUUGGUGGAGAUGGAGGCAGUGGGGAGAGAAGGGGCGUCGAAGGAGAAGGAAGGGAAGGUCAAGAGAACUUCAAUGAAGAAGGUGAAUUGUUUGCUUGGGAAAGCGACCUGGACAGCGAGGAUGAGCGCCACUCUGCUCGUCGCUCCAUUAGCGUGGCUCUGGUGGAGAGCAACUGCAUGAGCUACAAUGGAGCAGUUGGCCUGUAUGUGAAGAGCAGUGAGGCCCUUAAUGUUUUUGCUAAUCUCGUAAACAAUAACCGAGGCCUUGGCAUCGCUGUGCUGCAGAGCAGUCAGCUGACCCGACUUGUUACAAACUGCAUUCUCGAAAACGGUCGAGGUGGUGUUGCGGUGGAGAAAGACUGCAGAGUGGAGCUUCGUGGUAAUGGCGUCUAUGAAAACAGUGGCCAUGGUGUCAGUUUCAGUGGAAAUGGGCAGAUCGUGGAGAAUGAUAUGGUUGGAAACCGCGGCUAUGGGAUCCAGGUAUCUGGGGGUGCUGAUAUCAAGGUAGUGCGCAACCGUGUCCAACCAGCACAGAGCUGUGGCAUUGCUGUGCUAGGGGCAGUAAAGGGUGUUGUCCAUGACAAUAUCUUGUUCCAGGGUCACCCCGGAAACAAAAAGACACUGCUACAUAUGGAUCCUGCCAAUGAGAGCUGUGUGUUGCGCAACAACAGUAUUCUAAGGCAUAAUAACAGCUGUACAUCGUCUCCACCGUGGGUUUUCGAAAACCCUCCGCCUCGCCCACCGGCCAGCUCCCCUGCUGGCCUCUCCUCGUCCCAGUAUCCUUCCCGACUUGGAAUUUCCAUGACAACCAGGAUCAGUGCAACUGUGGAAAGUGGUUGCCACAGCGGUAGCAUGUUCUGCUCCAUCCUGUGAAUAGUGGCAAGCACUUAACCAGUACGAAAACCAAUGUCAAGAGGCCUGUACUGGUGUAUGCUGUACUAGUGGAGUACAGUUUCAGAGAAUACUCUCCAAAACUGAUGCUCUCCUGGUUACAACUGUCUUAAGUAGUAGGAGGCUACACAAAAACACUAAAGGGAUCAGUAUGCAAGGGUGGCAUACAGCGUUUUGUAAAUCCCUUUUGUAAUUUUGUGCUAGUGCACUCAAAAAAUGUGGACUGAUGAAGUGAAGCUUGAAUGCAACACGUUCAAGCGUCAUCGUCAUCCUACACCUUCGAUAUCCAUUUCACCACUAAAGCUUUACCUUCGAUGUUUUCUUUUACUGUAGACUAUGUUGGUUUUGUCCGUUUGCUUCUGGGACUCGCUGGUUAGGAAGUGCACAUUUAUAAAUCCUAGCAAGAGUCAAAGAUUAUAGAGAUGCCAGCUACAACCACGGUAAAAGGUACAGCUGUGCCUUGCUUGACUUUUUAAAUCAAUUAUUGUAGCUAGGCAAGGAGCGUUCAGAGUGUGAGGUGUAUAUGCAAAGAAACAAAGCCAAAAUGAAGCUUCUGCCUCUUGCACAGAGCUGUUUCCUGGUGAGUCUGUGUUCUUGUAUAAUGUCCUCCAUGUUGUUUUGAAAAUAUGACACAGCUCAGCAUUUUCACGUCAUAAUUUAGACCCAGUAUAAAUUUUAUCCCCGACACUGUCAACAUGCUGCGCAGUGACACACAACCACGCAGACUCACUCGGUAAUAGCCAGUCAGAGAAGGAAAAAGAUGUUUAGUGUGCAAUAUGUGACGUCUACAAACGUGCCUAUACGUUUUGAAAGUCUAAGCUAGAUGUUCCAUCAUCUAGAAUUUGUUUACAGCUUGUUAGUCCGCUUUUUUGUAUAAUCAAGUGUAAGCAUUCAGUAAUGAUAUCAUGUACAACUCAAAGUUUACCACUUUAUUUGUCUACAAAAUACAAUAAUAAACAAGUCUUGUUUGUGGUAUUUUCAA